GAUUAACUGCCGACCUCUCUGCUAUCAAAGUACUAGAGAAUGGAUUCCUAGAAGAAAUAUGUCUAGCCCAAGGAGAACUAGCAGGUGGGCAGAAUGUAAACGACGCAUUCUUUCAAGUUUGUCACGACAGCUUUGAGGGCGAUUCAUGGAAACAUACAUUUGGAAAGGCCAAGCCCACAGAGAUGAUGGACAUGGAAGAUGACUUUGAACAAAAGAAAGUUAGAAUUGGGGUUACUGAUCCCAGGGCUGAAAACAUCGCACUGAAGGUCCCUUUUGCUGUUAGGAAAGAAAUAGAAAAGAAUACCAUACGAUUGAAAAAUACAGCGGAUAUUGACAAAAAACUGAAACUGAAGGAUGAUGAGUUAACGUUUAACUCUAAAUUCAUUCGAGACACCCUCUUCAAAGAAAGCUGCUUAAAGAUUUGCAACAUAAUGGAGCGUGAACUAAAACAAGAUGGGUUGCGAGAAUGCAAAACAAUUGUUUUGGUAGGUGGUUUUGCAGAAUCACCAAUAGCAGUCCAGCAUAUCCGAGAAAUGGUUGAAAAAUCUUUCCCUCAGAUCAAAGUUGUAGUUCCAACUUCCCCAUUUCAAGCUGUUUUGAAAGGAGCUGUACUAUAUGGGCAUGAUCCGAUGAUAUUCAGAAGCCGCAUAUCGAGAUUCACGUAUGGUAUAGGGACAAAUUCUCUCUUCAAUGAGAAAAUACAUGAUGCAAAGAAAAAAUGGCUUAAUUCAGAAGAUAACAAGUUUUAUUGCAAGGACAUAUUCUCGGUUCAUGUUGAAAAAGGCCAGUCGGUGAUUUUAAAGGAACAACUUGAGCAACGUAAAUAUCAUCCAAUGUAUAAAGAUCAGAAAAGUGUCAGUUUUUCUAUUUUUGCUUCGACUAAAGUACCAAAGAAAACAGCUGGAACUGAAGAGCCUGAAAAUAUAAUGUACACAACAGAUGAAGGAUGUCGAAAGAUAGGUGCAGUGGAGGUACAGUCUCCAAAUACAAGUCGUGGAACAGACAGAAACCUUCUUGUUACGAUGGUUUACGGUGGCACAGAACUAUCGGUUAUCGUAAAGGAUGAAGCAAGCGGCAAUGAAAUCAAUGCCGAGAUUAAGUUUACUAAUAUAUAA